AUGUCUCAAUACAAUUCCACUGAGACUCUCAAGGAGCCUAGAGUUACGGAUUAUUCUGUCAACUCAAGCCCUAGCCUCUCGCCUCAAGAUGAGAAGGACAUUUCUAUCCCAUCAACACCAGCAGAGUCAAUCAACCUUGAAGCCCAAGCAGGCACACCUCCACCAUACCAUGUCUUCUCCCGAUCUCGCAAAUUGCAGUUGGUCAUCAUCGUCUCCUUCGCCGCCAUAUUCUCCCCGCUCUCUUCAAACAUUUACUUCCCUGCCCUAUCAGAGAUAUCAAGGGAGCUUGGUGUCUCCAUGUCCUUAACAACCCUGACAGUAACUGUGUAUAUGAUUGUUCAAGGUCUUGCUCCAAGUUUCUGGGGUUCUUUCUCCGAUGUUCUUGGCCGCCGUGUAAUCUUUAUUGGAACAUUCCUUGUCUACAUUAUUGCCAAUAUUGCAUUGGGCGUUUCCACAAACUAUGCUGAGCUCAUGGUCUUCCGCGCCCUGCAGGCUGCUGGAAGUGCAGCCACCAUCUCAAUUGGUGCUGGUGUCAUUGGUGAUAUCACUACUUCAGCGGAGCGAGGUAGCUUAAUUGGCAUUUUUGGUGGAGUUAGAAUGUUGGGACAAGGCGUGGGCCCAGUUUUCGGUGGUAUUCUGUCUCAAUACCUUGGGUUCCGGUCUAUCUUCUGGUUCUUGAUCAUCGUAUCUGGAAUCAGCCUCCUCUCCAUUAUCUUCUUCCUCCCCGAAACCCUCCGUACCGUUGCUGGCAAUGGCACUGUUCCUCUCCAGGGCGUGUACCGGCCACUGAUCUACUCCAUCACUGGACAGAAGGAGGCACAGGAAGGCUCAACCCCUUCCGCAAAGAAAGCCAAGGUCACCUGGAAAACCGUUGUGGCACCUCUUGCUUUCUUGGGCGAAAAGGAUGUAUUCAUCACUCUGUUCUUUGGCAGCAUUGUGUACACUGUCUGGUCUAUGGUCACCUCAUCUACUUCCGACUUGUUCGAGCAGAGGUACGGUCUCAAUUCCCUGGAGGUCGGUUUGACCUUCCUCGGCAAUGGUUUCGGAUGUAUGACUGGCUCAUACACCAUUGGAUACCUGAUGGAUUACAACCACAAGAGAACCGAGCGCGAAUACUGCCAACAACACAACCUCCCCAUCGAUACCCGCAUCAACUCCAAGACCCACCCCGACUUCCCCAUCGAAUACGCCCGCAUGCGCAACACCUGGUGGAUCACAUUGAUUUUCAUUAUCUGUGUUGCUGUAUAUGGCGUCUCCCUCCGCACACAUCUUGCAGUCCCUAUCAUUCUGCAAUUCAUGAUUGCCUAUGGCUCCACUGCCAUCUUCACUAUCAACAGCGCUCUCGUCAUUGACCUUUACCCCGGUGCCAGCGCAAGCGCAACAGCCGUCAAUAACUUGAUGAGAUGUCUGAUUGGUGCUGCUGGUGUUGCUGCUGCUCAGCCUAUUAUCGAUGCCAUCACUGCUGAGUGGGCAUUCGUCUUACUCGCGGGUAUUACCAUCGCCAUGGUCCCACUGUUGAUGGUCGAGAUGCGCUGGGGAUACCAAUGGAGACUUGAGCGCCAUGAGCGCUUCAAGAAGAAGGCAAACAAGGUCUAA